UCUGUUCACCGUCUCACUCGCAGACGUGUAAAUAAAUAGUCACAUUCGGAGCGGAGGGCGAUCCUUCGCCGGCGAUUGAGCUCGGAAGCAGAAGCAGAGAUGUCGAUCUCGAUCGGUCGUUCUCCUUCCUCCACUGGUCUCCUUCCAAAGGUCUGCGACUGGAGAUGCUCCUCGCGAUCUACUAGCACCCCUUUUCACCAAAUCCCGCGAACUUUCGUGGGAGUUCGGAUGUCGGCCGGCAGUGCUUCAUCCCCCAUCGGCGCCAAUUUAAGCAACGAGCUGGAUGCUGUUUCGGGAUUCAGCGAGAUUGUCCCAGAUACAGUGGUCUUCGAUGAUUUCGAGAGGCAUGCCUCAUGCAGGUUCCCCCCGACAGCUGCCACGGUAAGUUCUUCACUUCUCUUGGGGAUUUGCAGCCUUCCUGACACCAAGUUUAAGAGUGCAAUAGAGACAGCACUGGCUGCUAGUGAAUGCUUUGGACUAGAGAAUUCUAGCGAAAGGUUAUCCUGCUUCUUAGACAGGGCCUUGGUGAAUGUGGGAGCUGAAUUAGUUAGGUCAGUCCCAGGGAGGGUUUCGACGGAAGUUGAUGCUCGGUUGGCUUAUGACACACAAGGCAUAAUUCAUAAGGUCAAUCAACUGUUGAAGCUGUACAGCCAAUUAGAAGUUUCUCCACAGCGUUUACUUUUCAAAAUUCCUUCGACCUGGCAAGGGAUAGAAGCCUCUAGAUUACUGGAAUUUGAAGGAAUACAGACCCAUUUAACAUUUGUAUACAGUUUUUCUCAAGCAGCAGCUGCAGCUCAAGCUGGUGCAUCUGUUAUCCAGAUUUUUGUUGGUCGUAUCAGGGACUGGGCUCGCAAUCACUCUGGUGAUUCUGAGAUUGAUGCUGCUAGCAAGAGUGGUGAAGAUCCUGGAUUAGCCUUGGUUGAGAAAACUUACAACUACAUUCACAAAUAUGGCCACAAGUCAAAGCUGAUGGCAGCUGCAGUUCGGAAUAAGCAGGAUAUAUUUAACCUCCUUGGAAUUGAUUACAUAAUCGUGCCUGUAAAGAUUCUAGAGUCUCUAAAAGACUCUGUUACCUAUCCUGAGGAAAAGUAUUCCUAUUUUAGAAGGUUGUCGCCUGGGUCUGCUAGGGUGUACAAUUUCACUGAAGGCGAGGCGUGAAGUCUUUGGACUUACAAGUUAGAAUCUAUGCACCUAUAAACUUCGUCACAAAUCUAACCGAUCAUGAUUUUGACUCUACAAUCUGGAAGUUAGACUUGCCGCCUUGUAUGUUCCACGUUCAUAUUUUUGUUGAGUUUGCAUGCCAUGCAUGAAGUAAGAUGCUACCUUGGAGUCUCACAAUUAAAUUGUAAUAUUAUUAGAAGUAAAGUUAUCUUGAAAACUAUUCUUAGGUUAAUAAGACAGUCUUAAGUUGAAUGAAAGAAAUUGUUGUUUAACAAUAAGAUGCACAGCGAAUCUGUCGACAAAGUAAACAUCCACAAGCUGUGUUGGUCCUGAGAGGCAUCAGAUGAUGCUCUAGGGGGUAUGUUAAAAGGCCUUCCUUACGCUGUGUUAUGUUUGACCAUGCACUGAAAGAAAGAUUUAACAUUAUUGCAAAAGGUAAUGAUGGCGUUCGCCCAAUUCAAUUUAAAAUGUUGAGGCACAUGGGCCAGAGAUCCCUUAAUUUUAAUAUAAUAUAAAAACUCUUAUUGCAGAUGUGGAAUGUUAUCCUCUUAUUUACACUUCUCACUCUAUAACAUAUGCUCCCUCCCUCAUAUCCAAUUUCACUAGAGGCGAACAAUUAAACUCUGAAACCAUCUUUAAUGUUCAAGAGAGUUCAAUUAACCCUGAAGGAUUACUUAGGUAGGAACCUUUUAGCACUUCGGCAUAUUAUGAGAAUCUUUGUUCUGAGACAUAAUGGGUGAAUUGUAUCCUUUCCUUUUCUUUACCCCCUGAAUCCUUGACAAACAUUGAACAUCAACCUGUUGAUUCGUAUGCAAAGAUCUAGUGUUACACUGCGUGAGGUAACUGCUUCGCACCUUUGUUCUCGUCAUUGAC